AUGCAGUCGCAGUUCCAGUCCCAGCUUCUCCUGCUACUCCUUGCAGCGGCGACCCUCUUGAUCCAGGCUGCCAUUGCCGCACAACAUGAGCUUCCAUUCGCACGUCCGGGUUGUCCGGACAGGUGCGGCAACACCCGCAUCCCCUUCCCAUUCGGCAUGAAGCCCGGCUGCUUCCGGGAGGGUUUCGAGGUCACCUGCAACCACUCCUUCCAUCCUCCUCGUGCCUUUCUCGGCGAUAAGGAAGCAUCAGGCAUCAUCACGCUCGAGAGCAGCUACUCGGAGUCGGUGUCAUCUCCAGGUAAUUAUACUUUCGUGGAGCACAAGAAUAACACGGUGUCAGCUCCAAUCGAGCUCAUAGACAUAUCAGUCGCCAAGAGUGAGGCCCGGGCAUACGGAGCGGCAGCGUCCGCCUGCGGUAUAAAUGCUACCGAACGGUUCUUGAGGUACCAGGUGAUAGUUCUGGAAGCAGGAAUGAGGGGCCCGUUCGUCUUGUCGUCGGUGCGCAAUGUUCUCACCGGAAUCGGCUUGGUGACAUAUCCUAUGUUGUACAAGUACAGGUUCCCCUUGCACUUUGCCUUGAAGGAGAACUUGCUUGUGGCCUGCCGUUCAAGUCUUAUGGGCAAGAUGUGGCUGGCGGAGAAUGGGUCAUGCUCUGGACGGGGCUGCUGUCACGCUUCUAUCUCGGAAGCUGAAAGCGGCGACCUCUUUGGCGUUGAAGUUUCCUUGCCCCCCAUGAUCCAGUACACGGAAACCAAUCCGUGCUCUUACGCCAUGGUGGCGGAGAGUUCAUGGUACAACUUCUCUACCAUGGACUUGUACGGCAACGACAACAAAUUCACCAGAGGUGUACCAUUCGCGAUCGAUUUCGCCAUCCGGGAUGCCUCAUGUCCGGUGAAAGGGCAGCAGCCACCUCCGGACUACGCAUGCGUCAGCGGUAACAGCUCUUGUGCCAACGUAACCAAUGGCUACGUGUGCAAAUGCUUGGAGCAUUACGAGGGCAAUCCUUAUAUCACCAAUGGAUGCCAAGACAUUGAUGAGUGCAAGCACCCUAAUCUGUAUCCUUGCUCUAGCGAUGGGAUAUGCAAGAACAGGCCUUCAGGGUAUGACUGCCCAUGCAAACCCGGAAUGAAAGGCGACGGGAAAGCAGGAACCUGCCGAGAAAUAUUCCCCCUAGUAGCAAAGAUGGUUGUGGGUGUUGUAGGUGGUUUCUUUGUCAUGGCAAUUCCGCUAUUUCUCACUAUUCUUUGCAUAGAGAAAAAGAAGACGAGAGAGCUUUACCGAAAGAAUGGUGGGUCUAUAUUAGAGAAGGCAAACAUGAUAAAGCUUUUUAAAAAGGAGGAGCUCAAGCCAAUCUUGAAGAGUAAAAACCUAAUUGGAAAAGGUUACUUUGGUGAAGUCUACAAGGGCCUUCUUGAUAAUAAACUGGUUGCAGUGAAAAAACCAAUCAGCGGUAAUGCGCUAGAGAACGAACAAUUUGCCAAUGAAGUCAUCAUCCAAUCUCAAGUCAUCCACAAGAACAUCGUCAGGCUCAUAGGUUGUUGCCUAGAAGUUGAUACCCCAAUGCUUGUCUAUGAAUUUCUCCCAAAAGGAAACCUUGAUGGUAUACUUCACAACAACAACAAGGCUGCAACUCUCAAUUUGGAUGUGCGUUUAAGUAUUGCUGCAUCAGCAGCAGAUGGUCUUGCUUAUAUGCAUUCACAAACCAGUACCAAAAUCCUACAUGGUGAUGUUAAGCCGGCGAAUAUACUCUUGGAUGACAACUUCAUGCCAAAGAUAUCAGACUUUGGCAUAUCAAGAUUGAUUGCAAGAGACAAACAACACACAGAUGCAAUCAUUGGUGACAAGAGUUAUAUGGAUCCAGUAUAUAAGGCAACAGGACUACUCACAGAAAAAAGUGACGUCUACAGUUUUGGGGUCGUGAUUUUGGAACUUAUAAGUAGGAAAAGGGCCACAUAUUCUAACAACCAUAGCUUGGUAAGGAGUUUCCUUGAAGCUCAUAAAGAGGGCAGGAGGGCAACCAACUUGUUCGACGAAGAAAUUGCAGCGACAAGCAAAUUAGAACUUCUUGAUAGUCUGGCAAGGAUCGCUGUUGAAUGUCUUAACCCCGAUGUGGAUCAAAGACCAUCAAUGAUAGAGGUUGCAGAGCGCCUUCUCCUACUAAACCGGUCUCAUAGGACAUAA